AUGCUUUUUCUUCAUCAUCACGAACAAAAUAUUGUCGAAAAUGAUGAAUUUGUUCGGAAAUUGGAACACUUAUUAAAAAAGAAAUUUUCAUUGCAACAAUUAGGAAAGAAGAAAUGGUUAUUGAAUCGGGAAAUGAAAUAUUCAAAUUUCUUUCCUAUCGAAUUUAUGAAUGACAAAGAAUUUGUGUUGAAUCAUGUUAAAAAGUAUGGCUAUGGUUUCAAUUUUGCCACUAAACAAUUAAAACAAGACAAAGAUUUUGUGUUGAAAAUAGUUCAACACAAUGGAUUAGAAUUAGAAUUUGCGAGUGAAGAUAUUCGUAAUGAUCCAGAAGUGGUAUUGGCGGCUGUUACACAACAGGCAAGGGCAUUACGUUAUGCAUCACAUAUGUUACGUAAUGACAAGGAAUUAAUAUUGGAAGCUGCUCGACAAAAUGGAGACAUUUUGUGGUUUAGAUCCGGAAUUGACAGAGAUAUUUUGUUAGCUGCUGUGAAACAAAAUGGUGUAUUAUUACAGUUUGUUCAGCUGACCGAUUUUAAAUACGACAGGGAAAUAAUUUUUGAAGCCAUCAAACAAAACAAGAAGGCGCUUCGAUGGGCUCCAAAGGAUUUAAUUCAAGACCAUAAUUUCAUGCUGAAAGUCCUCAAAUUAAUAAUUCCAGAAUUUACAACAGUACACUGUUUUGAUUUUUCAAAGGAAGAAAUCAUGGCCAAACUGGUCCAAGAUUGUGGAUUUUUACUUGAAUUUUCAACUGAUACGCUCAAAUCAAAUAGAGACAUUGUCUUAACUGCUGUUAGAAACGAUGGUAGAUCGUUACAAUUUGCAUCGGAUGAAUUAAAGAGUGACAAGAGCAUUGUUUUGAAUGCAGUCAGAAAUGAUGCCAUGUCACUACGUUUUGCGUCUGAUGACUUGAAGAAUGACAAAGAAAUUGCAUUUGCAGCCGUUUCAAAAAACGGCAAUGCCUUACAAUGGGUCUCUGAAGAGCUAAAAGGGGACAAAGAACUUGUAUUAGCUGCUAUAACGUCUGGAAAAUAUGCUUUUGCAAUCGAAUUCGCGUCAACUACGUUACAGAAGGACAGAGAAGUUGUACUCGCUGCUAUCAAACAAAAUGGUUGUGCUCUUAUGUAUGCAGAUGAAAGUACGAAAAAUAAUCAGGAGAUUGUACUUGAAGCCAUCAAACAACGACAGAGUGAUUCUUAUUUUACUAUCCUACACAAACAUGUUGGUAUUUGGAAAUACGUUUCCAAAAAUCUCUUAAGUGACAAGACAUUCUUGCUAGAGGUUAUUAAGCUUGGGUGUACGAAAAUUGUUGAAGACAUUGAAUUUAUUUCGGCAUCGUUGCAACUAAAUACUCUUGGAUAUCGCGACAUUUGCUGUGACAAGGAUAUUAUGAUGAAAGCAGUGAAGAGUAAUGGAUGUGCCUUAAGACAUGCAAGUGAAGAGUUGCAGAGGGAUUCAGGGCUUGUAAUGGAAGCUCUUCAAUGCAAUGGGUUUGCUUUUGAAUACAGUGACGAGUUGUAUCAAACAAGAAUGGAAUAUUGCUACCAUGGAGCCUAUUUACAUGUAACAAAGUAA